GGGUUACGCCGGCGACGUCGGCAGCGCGAGGCUUCGCGCGUGAGCCGCGCGGGCUGGGCCUGGCUACCGAGCUUUCCCCGCCGGCGAGUAGGUCGUCGACGCCGGCUCCUGGCGGAGCGCGGGGAGGAGGGAGGUGUCCCUGUCAGCGGCGUAGUCGACGGCGGCCCCGGCCAUGGAAGAGACGCAGCCGCUUCCGCAGUCCGAGCUGCCGCUGUGCGACAGCCUUAUCAUCUGGCUGCAGACAUUCAAUACUGAUGCACCUUGUCAGGAUGUCACACAGCUGACUAAUGGAGUUGCCAUGGCACAAGUUCUUCAUCAAAUUGAUGUAGCUUGGUUCAAUGAAUCUUGGUUAAGCCGAAUUAAAGAGGAUAUUGGUGACAACUGGAGAAUAAAGGCUAGUAAUUUAAAGAAGGUACUUCAAGGAAUUAUGAGUUAUUACAGUGAGUUUUUGGGGCAGCAGAUUUCUGAAGAACUUAUCCCUGAUUUAAACCAAAUAAUUGAAUGUUCAGAUUCUGUGGAGCUUGGGAGAUUGCUCCAGCUUAUUUUAGGCUGUGCAGUCAACUGUGAAAAGAAGCAAGAACAUAUUCAAAAUAUAAUGACACUAGAAGAGUCUGUUCAACAUGUGGUCAUGACUGCUAUUCAAGAGUUGAUGAGUAAAGAAAUAUUGAGCUCUCCUACAAAUGAUGCUGUUGGAGAAUUAGAGCAACAGCUUAAAAGGGCCUUGGAAGAACUUCAAGAAGCACUAGCAGAAAAAGAAGAACUGAGGCAAAGAUGCCAAGAACUAGAUAUGCAGGUGACUGCACUUCAAGAUGAAAAGAAUUCAUUAGUUUCUGAGAAUGAGAUGAUGAAUGAAAAACUUGACCAGUUGGAUGGAUCUUUUGAUGAUCCAAAUACAAUGGUUGCAAAAAAGUAUUUUCAUGCUCAGUUACAACUAGAACAAUUACAGGAAGAAAACUUCAGGCUUGAAGCUGCAAAAGAUGAUUACCGUGUUCACUGUGAAGAACUUGAAAAGCAACUAAUUGAAUUUCAGCAUAGGAAUGAUGAACUGACUAGUCUUGCUGAAGAAACAAGAGCCCUGAAAGAUGAAAUAGAUGUUCUUAGGGCUACCUCUGAUAAAGCAAAUAAACUAGAGUCAACAGUCGAGAUAUAUCGUCAGAAGCUACAAGAUCUGAACGACCUUCGCAAGCAGGUGAAAACUUUACAAGAAACAAACAUGAUGUAUAUGCAUAAUACAGUCAGCUUAGAAGAAGAAUUAAAGAAGGCAAAUGCAGCACGUACGCAGUUAGAAACAUACAAGAGGCAGGUUCAGGAUCUUCACAAUAAACUUUCCUCUGAAUCCAAAAGGGCAGAUACACUAGCAUUUGAAAUGAAGCGGCUUGAAGAAAAACAUGAAGCUUUACUUAAGGAAAAAGAGAGACUAAUAGAACAACGUGAUACUCUGAAAGAAACAAAUGAAGAGCUUCGAUGUUCACAAGUACAACAAGAUCAUCUAAACCAAACAGAUGCAUCUGCUACAAAAAGUUAUGAGAAUCUUGCUGCUGAGAUUAUGCCAGUGGAAUAUAGGGAAGUGUUUAUUCGACUGCAACAUGAAAAUAAGAUGCUCCGCUUGCAACAGGAAGGCACUGAGAAUGAGCGUAUUGAGGAACUUCAGGAGCAGCUGGAACAGAAGCACCGCAAGAUGAAUGAACUCGAAACCGAGCAAAGGCUGAGCAAAGAGCGUAUCCGAGAAUUGCAGCAGCAGAUUGAGGACCUCCAGAAAUCUUUACAGGAACAAGGCUCCAGGUCUGAAGGAGAAAGUUCCAGCAAACUAAAGCAGAAGUUGGAAGCUCAUAUGGAAAAACUAACUGAGGUCCAGGAAGAAUUACAGAAGAAACAAGAGCUCAUUGAGGAUCUUCAGCCAGAUGUAAACCAGAAUGGUAGAUGUAAAAUAUUUUUUUUCUUUAAACAGGUAAUAAAAACUUUAGAUCCCAAAUUAAAUCCAGCAUCAGCUGAAAUAAUGCUACUUAGAAAGCAGUUGGCAGAAAAAGAGAGAAGAAUUGAGAUUCUGGAGAGUGAAUGUAAGGUAGCAAAAUUCCGUGAUUAUGAAGAAAAACUCAUUGUUUCUGCCUGGUACAAUAAGAGUCUGGCAUUCCAGAAACUGGGGAUGGAGUCCAGACUCGUGAGUGGCGGUGGCACUGGCAAAGACGCUGCUGCGUGUACCCCCGCCCGGUCUUUCUUAGCGCAGCAGCGGCACAUCACCAGCACCAGAAGAAAUCUCUCUGUCAAAGUUCCUGCUACAACACCCGAUUAAACUACAAAAGAAAACAUAAACAGAAGUGCCCUUAAAAUAGUUUGUAUCCUUCAGUUAACUGCCAGGUUAAAAAAGAAAUUUAUGAUGGUGGAUGUCAGCUAUUUAAAAAUCAGUAUGCAUAAAAUUAAUUUUGUCAGCUGGCUUUGGAAACAAAAUACAAAAUUAGCUAUUUCUCAAAGGGAGCACAUUUGAGUAGAAGAUGUAAUUAGGCACACAUCUCAAACAUUUGUCUUCUGAGAGUGUUAUAAGUUCAUAUUGACUUGGUAUAUUUUAGUUUAAUGUCUUCAGUGGUACCAGUAACUUGGUUAAUUUACAAUGUAUGAUCAGUAAUAAGUAAUUUAAAAAUAUAUAUUUGUUUUAUUGUUUCGGUCCAUAUAAAAAUAGUCUUGAGGUAGGUACAUGGAGAACUAUACAAGAGCUAUAUUUUUUGACUUUAUAUAUGUAUAAGGUUUUACCUCUACCGUCAAAUCUGUCAUCAGAUGGGUCUGUUCUAUCAUGUAAUGGAAGAUAUAACAUUUGGAAGAUUGGACCAUUGCAGUGACUUCUGCCAUAGUAAAAGUGACUAAUUGGAGAUUUUGCAGAUUCAGGAGACUUCAUAGUUCUUCAAUGAACCUCUUAUAAACAAGGGCUUCUGUGCAGCAUGGUUGACAUGCUAAUGGUAUGGAAUGAACUGACUUUUAUAAAAGGUGAUUUUUCUGGUGGGAAGCAAGGCAAAAAAUAUAAUUUGUGUGAAAUGUCUAUACCUGUUUUAAUAUGAUGAUUGUAAUUAUUGCUUUUAAGCAUAAGAUUAUCAGGGCUUUUGCUGAAAAACAUACUAUAAUAGUUUUUUCCUUGCACUGCAAGGAGAUGGUGCAGUGAGGAAACAGUCUGGAAUCCGUUUGACUUUUGUUUACGAAUUAAGGAAUCUGUCCGGGACUCAGUUUAUGGUCUUCAGUCCACUUCUGUCCAAACCUCUUCUUUUCAGAGGUGUUAUUUUAUAAUUUUUUUGGCCAUUUUUAAGAGUCACACUUUAGAACUUUAGUUGAGUUAAAUCUCUGCUGUCCAGUAUUGUAGCCACAAGCCAUGUGUGGCAAUUUCUAUAAAAUUAAGAUGAAAAAUUCAGUUCCUUGGUCACAUCCAGUCACGCAUUUCCAGAUGCUUGAUAGCCGUGUGUGGCUGGUGGCUACAGUACUGGAAAGUGCAGAUAUAAGAAAAGUCCAUCAUUGCAGAAAGUUCUAUUGGACAGUGCUCUGCUAAACCUUUUUAUAGUAACUUGGAAAUACUCUUUGAUAUUUGACGACAAAAAUAAAAAGUAGAAAAAUGUUAGAACUGUUUCAGAUAUGAAACGGAAUUGAAUUGUGACAUAAAGAGCAGUUUGCAUUCCUUAGAGUUGAAUACCUUAUGUUGUGACGUUCAUUGUUAAUCUUUCCAGCCGUUCAACAACUGCAUCCCUCUCAGUGGAUGUCUGGACCAGGGGUCAGCAAACUUUUUGUAAAGAGAGAGAUGGUAAAUAUUUUAGUAAAUAUUAUAGGCUUUUUGAGCCAUAUGAUCUGUCCUAAGUACUGGACUCUGCUAUAGGUGUGAGAGCAGCAACCAUAAACAAUGUAUAUGAGCAAAAUGGAUGUUAUUGGGUUUCAAUACAGUUUUAUUUACAAAAACUGACAGUAGGACAGAUUUGGCCUGCAGGCUAUAGACCCUGGUCUGGAUAUUGUCAGCCUUUCUUUGCAUAUAUGAGUAUUGUUCCAUUUACAGUAUUAUUCAUUUAAACACUUGGUUUGUAGAUUCUCUACCAAUACAUUUUUUCUAAUCAUUGACAGUACAAGAACUUCCUACUGCAGUUAGGUCUCUUAAGAUUUAGGGAGCAGCUCCCAGGAUGUGUUGUCGCAUCAGGGUUACUUCUGUUGACUACCUCUUAGAUUUUGAUGUUUUUUUAUUGGUGCAAUUAUAUUGUUGGUUUGCAUUUUUGUAUAUUCUUAGAGUCUGCUUGCCUGCAACUUUUAGUGAAAUGAAAUAGCCCUUUGAAAAUAUUUUAGCAUGCUAAUUAAAAUUUUCCAGAUACUAUGGCAUUUUGGUAUAUUUUGGUCAGUGUAAGACAUCUGCUCCUUUGGUGUUUACUACUUGCUUAUAAUUGAGAUUUUACAAGCUCUUCAAGCUUCCUUUUAUUGGAAUUUAUUGUAAAACAUCAAUUUCAAUAAAUUAGUAUUUUCACAGUCAAUUGCUCAUAAAUUUUCAAUUAUAUUUGGAAUUUCUAAAUAAUUCAUGCAAUUUCUGAAUUAGGACAGAAGGCUAGAUUCUUUUUUUUAAUAGAGAAAAAAACGAAUUUUGUGAUUUAUCACUUUUCUAGUUGAUAAUUAGAAUUUAAGAUGCUCAAUAUAGAAGUAUUUAUACAAGAGUAAUGUAAAGUUCUGUAUUAUUGUGAUUAACCGUACAGAAAUUCAGGAACUGAUCAGAAGUGAGAUUCUUUUCCACAUCUGGUUAAUGUAGUGAGAUUGACACCCUGUGGGUGGUGCAGCAUUAUAAAUAUUCAUCACGAACCAUGAUUUAUACAUGUCUGUGUUGUGAGGCUUGAGUGCAUAUGCCAGGGAAGAGAAAUCCAGCAUUUCUCUGUUUGAUAAGGAAUUGAAUGUCCCAGUGAUAAAAGAUUAAACUACAGACCAAUUUGGAAAUGAUCCUUAAUUUUGAGCAUUUGCUCUAAGGUUAAUAUUCCUCUUUUUAAAAUAAAAAGUGUGUAUACAAAUGACAAUGAUCACUUAAUGUAUUGAGAAAUAUUUGAAGUUCAUUCUAUUUUUUCAAUGAGUAAGGCUAUUGAACUGAUGAUUUAGUAUAGAUUAAGAAUUAAUGUCUUAUCUAGAAACAUUAAACUGAUAUCCUUCAUUAAAAUGUCAUCAUCUUUGGUAACUGGAUUGCUAAUUUGAAUGUUAGAUAAUGCUUCUACAUCUACACCUCUUUCUGUAUUUUGGCACAUUUGGCUCUGUGGGGGUGGCUUUUAGGCCGCAGUACUGUGUUAGGUUCUCCGUAUGCAUAUUUAAUGAGAAACAUUCCUAUGUAAAAAAUGUGUGUGUAUGGGUGUAUGCAUACAUGCCUAUUGUGAACCUGUACAUUGCAAAGAAGUAGUUUGGAAAUUUGUAAAGCACCACCAUUACAGAAAAUAGUGUGCACUUACUAACUUGAUGUAUCUUAAAUGUUACAUUUAGUUUAUAAAAGGUUCUUUCUAUUUUCUAUGGCAAAGACUUUGACACUUGAAAAAUAGAAGCAAUACUUGAUUUAUUUUUGUAAGUAUUUAGGAUAUUAUUUUAAAUAAAUGAUUGUCCAAUAACAAUAUAAUAGUUGUGAAAGGUUUUAAAUAAACUUCCUGAUUUCUGUGUCUGACAA